GCGUCAUCGGAGGUGAUCCCCCAUGGGGGCGCUCCGGCGUGUAACGGUGCGGUCUGCUUCGGUGGGCGUGUUGGAGCGACCCGUUUUCAACAUAGGUAGUAGUGUAACUUGCGUAAAUGAUGGUUAAGUAUCUGUAUCAAAACACCUGGUUUAAAGGACUGGGCGGCGUCUGUGGCGGCCGUGAUUAAGAGGUAUAUAAGGGCUUACAUGUUUGUGAGCCCGUCCUUUUCCCCAUCAUCUACAGAGCUAUUUCGUUAGCUGUAUACCUGUCGGAGGUGCCACCCGUGAUUUGACUGCAGUGACUGUGUUUACAGGUUGGAUAACAUUUCAUUUCUGCUAUUUUCCACUCGUUUUUGCUGCUCAAACAUGUCUCUACACAGAGGAUUUGGUAAGGAGAAUCAAAGUUCACGAGGGAAUGUGAGCAGCCGCCCGGCACAGCCAGAUUCAUACUGGCCGGUGGUUGCAGAGAGUGGGGUGAUUGAAUGGGUGAAACACGGGGGUUAUUCGUCGAAUGAAGAAGUAUUAGAAGAUACUCAAAAGGCCAAGUCUACAAGACCACGUGCCUUGAAACCGGAGUGUGAACGAGCGGCUGGCGGUGGUGGUAAAGCUGCAUGUAAAAGAUCAAACAGUUCUGUAACAACACAAUGCAGACAGGUGCUGGGUGAGAAACGUGGUGGAUCCCAUGUUCUAGAGGAUGAUUUACAUACAGACAAAAGAGCCAGAAGGACCUUGACUGGAGAUACAGCCUAUAAAUUACCAGAGACACCGAGAACCAGGGAAAUAAACAGGGCUGUUGAAGCACUCGGUCGUGAAGUGUUUGUAACACCUCAUUGUGAAGAAGAAGAAGAAGAAGAAGACCUCUGUCUGCCUGCAUCGCAGGUGUCAAGACCCCUUGAUGCUAAUGAGGCUGAAACAGUAGGGGCCGUAAAUGGGCUACGGACGCCGGUCGCAGCUGAGCAGAUAUCAAGGGACCCGAGACGCCGCGGUGUGAAAGUGUUGGUGUAUCCAGGGGAUGCAUACACUCAGUUCAGUCUGAGCAGUCAGAACAGCGACACCUCUGAACACAGUCACGUGACACCCAGAGCCACAACAUCAGCAUCGUAUACCAUCCUCGGAGGUGUGAAGGAUCACACCCCCUCAUACACCUGGGUAAAUAACCAGGAGGACUCCCGAGAGCUGGCUCCAUCAGGCAUACAAUCAAAGAAAAAAAGGCUUUUGAAAACGGUGUGCCAUCUAAAGAACUCUGCAGAGUCCCUUGAUAACAACACGAAAAAAGCCCCAAGAACACCGAAGAAGAAGCAGAAGAAGCAGCAGCAGAAGAAGCAGAAGAAGAAACAACAGACCACAUCACUGCCUGGAAAAGAGUUCACCAACAACAUCAACAACAACAACACCACCAACAACAACAACAUCAACAACAGCAACAACAACAACAACAACAACAACAAAGAGAACGUACCGGCGGACACCCAGGACUGUGCAGGGGCUCCUGCAGAAUCCAUCGUGUGGGGUGCGAAUGCUGUGUUGGGGGAUUCGUUACAGCUAUUCCCAGACCACCCAUCAGGUAAUGGCUUUCAAGAAUUGGCCCUGCCGCAGGAUGCGUAUGUGAAUCUGAAUGACAUACAGACACCAGUAGAGGCUGUACCGCUGGAGUGUAAUUCUCAAUUAGAGGACCUACAUACUCUUAUUGACAAUUGGCAGGCACCCGAGAACUGGGCUCCAUACGACAUAACUACAGAAGGGGACAGGGCACGUGAUACGACUACUACUACGGGAUCUUGCAUGUGUGGGGGUGUAAAUACUGAGGUCACAACACUGAGAAGCGAGGUGGGGGCGCUCAGGGAGAUGCUGGCAAAAUUCGUCAGUGACCAGGCCAUUACAGAGCUGAGCAUACAAGUGGGUGCACUCAGGGACAUGCUGGCAAAAUUCGCCAGUGACCAGACCAAUACCGAUCUGAACAUACGAAAGGUCCUAGACGAUCAGGCCAGGGUUACAGAUACGUUGUUAACCAUGCUCAUUAGACGGGUAGACGGGUUAUGAUAAGGAUAUCUGGCUUCUUAAAAAGGUGUCAUAAUUUUUUAUUUUUUGUUUUGUUUUGUUUUUUGUUUU